AUGGAUGCGGCGAAACAGCGGGCGCCUAGACGCGUUCCGUCCCUCGUGGAGCUGCAGGCAGCGCUGGGGUCAGCGGAUGCGCAAGCGACAGGCCCGGACAUCUCCAGUAUCGCUGGAGAUCCGCCCACAUUAACCCUUCCAUCUGGUUCGUACGAAACAGACCCCAGUACUUUCCGCAGAAAGCAUCUGUAUAAUACUUGGCUCCAGAAAGAGGCCGAGCCAGAAACGCUUGCCCUCUAUCAAUAUGCCGAGCGUCUCUACACAGCGACUGCGAAACAAGAGCGUAGCGGGUUCAGUCUGCACUCAUUACAGCGCCCAGAAACGUUGGACGAAGACAGAAGCGGCACCUCCGUGCCCGAAACCGGAACGUCUCCGAGCGGUGGUCAGCUCUUCACCUCCGACUGGUACGCUCAGCAGAUUGCAGAGAUGCAACGUUCGAACAUGGACUCGAGUCAGGUUGCCGCCAAGCCGGUACGUUGGCGCGGAAGUCAACUCAUCUUGCAGGAUUUUUCCUGGCGACAUUUUGCGGGGAAUCUCAAGCCCGGUCGCCUGGGCCGCAACGUUGGCGACAUGCUGGGUCGCUUUCACCAGCGCCAUCUCUCCAGUCGCGAAAACCUGAAGCGUCUGCUGCUGUUCGCCUUUGGGGUCACCAUGUUGGCAUUGGCCCUCUUUGUCUGGCCCUUUGUCGUCAUUAUUAUCAUUUCUGCGGAUCGUUAUCGUCACGCGACUCCGUGCUCGGUAUCCAUGGGGGUGACCCUCUACACCACCGCAGUUCUAUGGCUCUCGGUGGGCGGCUACGGGCUCAUUCUUGUUGCUUUCACAAGAAUCGCAAAGCGACCAGUGGAGGCGACCGGCCUCGCCGGCAUCAUCGGCGCCGCGGUAUUGUUGUCGUAUUUCCUUUCACUCAUCAUCACUGAGGCUAUUUUCAUUGUGAAUGCCGUGUCGGGCAAAACGCCUUUUGGUCGUUGUGGUCCCGACUGCACCUGCAGUGCAGCGGCGGUCGCGUCGAAGCUGCCCUGCUGCAGUAACGUGCUCUGGUGGACCGACCUGGUCAUGCUGCUGGUGUCCAACGCGGCUGCCUUUCUCCUGUGCUGUCUGCCGUACUUUACACUGCUACGCGAGAAUAGGCGUCAGCGUGCCCAUCGUCGAGCACCGCGAUAUUUUGUCCAGAGACCGGCAGCAUUCUGGAGCAACCUCCCGGCAACGUCCUGGGAGGAGCGAACCAAGCAUCACAGUGAUCAGUCCGAUGCUUGA